AUGGUCUUCGAGGAUGAAAGCAGUGACUCUCAGUCCAGCCUUGUGUACGUCUACUCCUCCUCCUCCGAUGGAAUUGCAUCUGAAGAGAAAAACAACCUGGAGGCCAACUAUGACAAAUUGGUUGAAGAUGUGCAUCAACUUUUCAAUGCUCAAGAGGAUAGGAUGAUGGAUUUCAGCUACUUGCAGUCCAAGAUGAACAACACUGAGGUUAGCAACUCAGUUGUCUCUGAUAUGAGGACAGAGAUUGAGAAGAAAGAUGCAGAGAUCUUCAAGCUGCAAGAGAAGUAUGAAGUGCUUAUGAACAUCACAAAGGCUCAAGGCACUGUCAUCCAGAACCUGAAGCUCAACCAUUUGAAAGAGAAGGAAAAGCUAAUCUAG